GUUUGGUCUGUUUGUUAUCGUAAAUGGAGAGCUUAACGUGAGACUUGAUAUUCACCAACAGUUGGAAUACAAUUUCUUCUCUGGUUGCGAUGGUGACAACUAGGCGCCAGUCUUCGAAACUGAACGAGAGCAACGGAUCACCUGCUAUUCAUGGCUCAUCUGCAGUGGCCUCGCCUGGCGGAGACGCGCCCACUCCUCAGUCUAGAAUGAGAAGUAACGAGAAACGCUUUCCAAAUAAGGAGAAUAGCUCUCCCAGUACAAUGCUUAACGGCGAUACAUCCAAAAAGAUGCCCUAUAUGGAAAUUUCGACUGCAGAAAAUGGCACGCUUUCUUCAAACGAUUACGUAAAGUCGGGAUUCGAGAGCGAAGCUGAUUGGCGGAAAGACAGAGGAAACAUUGUGUUGUUGUUUCUGUUGUAUGUGCUGCAAGGGAUCCCAUUAGGCUUCGCAGGCAGCAUCCCUUAUAUUUUGAUGACUCGUAAAGUAGACUAUGCUUCCCAAGCACUCUUCUCCUUCGCAUUCUACCCCUUUAGUUUCAAACUGAUCUGGGCGCCUAUUGUGGACUCCCUGUUCAGUCGCAGAAUGGGUCGGCGUAAGACGUGGCUCAUCCCGAUCCAGUAUCUAAUAGGACUAUUUAUGAUCUACAUUUCACUACAUGUCAAUGAUUUGCUGGGCGUGGAUGGUGAAAAGGCAGCUGAAAUCAACCUGCUCGUGUUCUUGUUCACUUCGCUCAAUUUUUUCGCCGCUACUCAGGACAUAGUGGUAGACGGGUGGGCUCUGAGCAUGUUGGCGCCUGAGAAUGUGGGCUACGCGUCCACGUGCAACUCAGUCGGACAGACCUUCGGCUACUUCGUCAGCUACACGUUAUUCCUCGCAUUUGAGUCCAAGGACUUCUGCAACCAGUACUUCUACCCCCUAAUUGGACUGGAUGCACAGCCCACUGGCGCUCUAACACUGGAUGGUUUCAUGUAUUUCUGGGGCGUGGUCUUCGUCGUCGCUACCACUCUAGUCUGGAUAUUCAAGAGGGAAAAGGCUGAUAACGACUACCAAGAAUCAUUAACUGAUUCCUACAAAUCCCUCUGGAAAAUCUUGUGGCUUCCGGUACUGAAACAAUAUAUUUUUUUCUGCUUAACUUGUAAAAUAGCAUUUGCAGCGGCAGACGGGAUCACCGGGCUAAAGCUAAUCGAAGCAGGAAUGAAGAAAGAAAAGCUGGCUCUUCUUGCAGUUCCUCUGACACCUGUGCAGCUCUUCCUUCCUCUAAUCAUAUCACGAAUCACAGCCGGCCCCAAACCCAUGACUAAAGUCUGGAUGAAUGCGUACCCUUGUAGACUUAUAUUUGGACUUGUGUUCGCAGGGAUAGUUUACAUCACACCCGGAGUACAAGAGUCGCCGGGUGAAUUUCCAAUUUGGUACUACCUGUUGUUGAUUGCUGUGUUUGUUUGCCAUCAGUUGUUUACCAAUAGCAUGUUUGUCUCCAUUAUGGCGUUCCACGCUCAGGUAAGUGAUCCGGCAAUUGGCGGAACGUACAUGACCAUGCUCAACACUUUCACGAACUUCGGAGGUAACUGGCCGAACACUUUCGCAUUAUGGAUGGUGGAUAAAUUAACGAUUAAAUCUUGUUCUAUUGGAGGAGAAAGUUGCAGCACAGCUGAAAGUUUGGAAGCAUGUACUGCACGUGGGGGUCAUUGUUUAACCACUACGGAUGGAUAUUACGUGAUGUCUUGUAUUCUAGUAGUGAUCGGAUUCGUAUGGCUGUUUUUCAUGCGAACCAGAAUAAUCAAGUUCCAGAAUAUGAGUGUAAAUGCCUGGAAGGUUACAUGAAUUAUCAUUGGUGCGAGUUAUUGAUGCUUUAGGGUGCAGUACUUGUAAGUAAUUUCAAAAUAUGUUGACAACAACGUCAAAAAUGUUGAAAAUACUUAUUUUGAGAUAGUUGUGGUAAUCAGUCUUGUAAAAUGACUUAUUUGACUGUUCUCCAAAUAAUAUUAAAUAUUUUUGAAUUUUAGCUUUACUGUUCCGACCACUCGCAGAGCGGGGAUGAUGUUUGUUUUCGGGUAAUUUUUUGAUGUCAAUGGGACUGAAUAACUCCUGGUAUCACAUUAAAUGCCUCAAAUUUAUAAUUGCUCAUUUUGAUGAAGUUGUGCUUUGGUCGAGACAAUGCUUUUGCUAUUCGGACUGUUUUCGGAGCUACGACUCUAAACAUAGAAAGAAAAAGAAACAAAUUCGGUUAAGCCAAAUUUUGCUAAUGAUGUUGUGUAUAUUUUCGGCUCUUUAUUCCAAUCAAAGUUAAUUAUAAUUUGUAUAAAAUAAUUUACUAUUGCUAAAAUAUAUCUUUGUUGCUUU